AUGGCGGACGACUCUGCCGACCAGGGCUCGGAAGACUCGUACUCCCAGGAAUACACGCCUCGACCCGGGCCCUGCGCGAUCCCCGCUGCCGAGCUCCAGCAUACACCAAUAUGUCAGCUGAAGCUCAAUUCCCACAAUCCUGGAAAGCGAACGGCCGUUCACGUCACUCGCCCUGCGACGCGCUGCAACGAUGUACUGACAGCUUCUGUGGACGAUGAGCGGUGGGAUCGGGCCCGUGUCUGCCUGGAGGCAUUCUGCCAGCCGUCAGAGGAGGUUGUACCUGCGGAGCAAGUCCUUCGGCGUGACAGCUGGUACCUGAUCAAGGAACCGUGGGCAUUGAGCGGUUCAGAUGGUAUACCUAAAAUACUUGUUGGCCACCCUGGCGACAUCUCCUGGCUCCCAGAUGACCAUGAGCUCAUGCCUGAUGCAUUACGAAACAUGGACUGGAAAGCCUCGCUCCCAAAGAGUGGCGAGCUGCGGAGCAAAGGAAAUGAGGCUGUUGGCAAGGGUGCUUGGGCAGAGGCUGAACACCUGUAUUCCAAUGCCAUCCUUGUUGCUCAGACGGCUGAAGAGACAAGUUUGGCCUACCUCAACCGUUCUUUGGCCAACCUUCGAUUAGGACGAACGGCUGCCGCCCUCGCUGACGGGAUCAAGUCGAAUGAGACGGCGACCUCCGGGCCUACUGAGAGAGGGCUCUUCCGUGAGGCCGCCGCUUUGUACUACCUGGCCAAAUUUGAACAGUGCCUUGACAAGCUUCAGGAACUGACGACGUCGUUCUACGCCAAGGAUUCCGCGACCUCAAUGAUCGAUCGCGUGCGAAAGCGACUCGACGAGCAACAGACAGGCCAGUAUGACUUCAAGCACAUGUACAGACAGGCCAAGCUUACACCGCCUUUGAUUGACUGCGCCACCUACACCAUGCCAGUAGAGAUCAAGGAGUCGCCGGGGAAGGGUCGUGGGGUGUUCACCAAGAGGAAGGUCCUUGCUGGUGAGCUUCUCGUCUGCGAAAAGGCUUUUUGUUACGUCUGCAGGGAUCGCGAUGGCCGCGAACCCUUGACGGACGAGGACGCCGAUAAAGAACUAUUUACGCAGGUUGUGCAAAAGAUUUUCCACAACAUUGAAGACGCUCGGAUGUUUGCCGACCUUUAUAAUGGAGACAACGACAGUGUAGUGCCUACCGAUAAGGUCGAUGGCAAGCCUGUCAUCGACUCAUCGAUUGUUCGAACAGUCCUGGACCUCACGAAGUUCGUUACACCGAGGACCAGUCGGUCAGGCUUGGUCGAGUACAUCUCUGGAGGUCCGGGGGGUGUCGGGCUGGACAGCUCAGCCGUCGGAUUGUGGUCAUUCACCUCUCACGUCAACCAUUCCUGCAUCUACAACGCGUGCCCCUGCUACAUCGGCGACAUGCAAAUCCUUCGUGCUACGCAAGACCUCGAAGAAGGGACGGAAAUCUUGAUUUCAUACGAAUCUCCAGAGGCCUUUGAAGGAUAUGAUGACACGCAGGAGCGGCUGAGCAUUUGGGGAUUCGAGUGCAACUGUGCUCUCUGUCGCGACAGACAAGAGACGCCCAAGACGGUUGAUAUUAACCGUGAUUUAAUCCGGCAGCAAAUUUUACUCCUUCAUGCCACGCCUGCCGGACUAUUGAACCACGCCAGGGCCCGGCGCUUGCUUGAUGAAUUGGAUCAGACCUAUUCGCCCGCAGCAAGACAGCCUGGAGCUGUCAGAUUGGAGGUCGCACCUUUUCGCAUGUCCCAAGGCAAUGUGUUCGCAGCCUCGAAAAAGCUACGUGCAAUGGUCGACAUGUAUCUGGAAGCACUUGAAGCUUACGGUUUUGUGAUUUCUGCACGCCCACUCCGUGUCGUACAGUGGGGCUUGGUGCGGAUAGAUUGCUUCCAGGCGUUUCGAAACCUGUCUAUCGCAUACAAGUUGGUGGCGCCCGAAAAUGUGGGGGCAGCAAGAGGCUACAUGAGGCUCGCGUACACUAUGGUGGUGGGAGAGGGUGAGUCAAUGGACCAAAUUGUCAAAGACAAGCCAAAGUGA